AUGUUUCGUGGAAUUCAUAACUUCAUUAUCUUGAGCAUCAUAUUUCAUUCUAAAACAACAAAUGUUGAAAAAUAUCAUACAAACAUCAUUAUUUUUGCAUUUUGUUUGCACUAUUAGAACAGAAAAUGGCGGAGUUUGUUCAACUGAACCUGAUUUUUUUACCAAUAGACCCAUAAGAUGUUGCACCAACUACAAAAAAAUCAAAGAUAAAUGCAUUGCUUGCAAUGGUAGUUAUGGAGUUCAUUGUUCUCGAGACUGUCCCAUUGGUUAUUGUGGUUAUAAAUGCCUAACAAGGUGUGAUUGUGAUGACUGCAAUAGUCUUAACUGUUCAUGUCCUGUUGAGACGACAUCAAUUCAAUUUUCUAAACAGGACGUUUUACCUUUGCUGUUUGCAAUUCUACUUCCUGUCUUUGGGAUUUCUUUGAUAAUAUUGAUAUUUUUUAUCGUCAAACACUAUUGGAGACCUAUUCCUAUUGAACCAAAGACUUCUCUCUAUAAAACCAAAUCUGUGAAUAAAAUGGUUACCGAGGACAAGAUGGCGGAUGAGGAUGUCAGCUACGACUCAGUCAGGGAAUCACAAAUGAUCUUAGAUCCUGUCGUUAGGCCACGUGUUGUUAUUAAUGAAUAUAACAUUGAACAAGAAACAUAUAAUGUUUUGCAUCAGAACAAUUGAUUUAGAUGAGUUGCACUAAGCGAAACAAAGUACUGCCAGAAAGACAAAAAUCACAACACAUAUGUACAGUAUCAGAACAGAAAAUCUGUUCUUAUCACUAUUAUGUUAAUCUUACUUCACAAGUACUUCUUGUUUUUAGUUAAAUUACAUAUGACAAUAACAUUAUGUUGAAUGCUAAGUACAAAUUUAACAAGGGUGAAGAAGAAAUGUUUGCAAAUGAAUAAGAAGAAUAAGAACCAAAUAGAUUUUUACUACUGAUAUUUGAAAACAAAAAAGAUGUGAAAGAUAUAUGAUUCCUGAAAUACAAUUAGUUUCGUAAUGAGGUAUGAUUAAUUCUUGUUGUAAAUUAACGAAAAAGUGAAAUAACAUUCGUGAAUCGUCAAGUGUUAUUUUAUACUACUUGCUUGCACAUGUACAUUUCACGGAUACUUCAUGUUCUUGUUCUCAUGUAUUGUUUAAUUGACCAUCCUUGAAAAUACUGUGAAACACUUAUUCAAACUAAAGUGGAUUGAAUUCAUCAAGUGUUUCCUGUUUCUUUCAUGUGAUUCCAUAUUUGUACCUAAUAUAGCAUAAUAACAGACCAAAGGAAGUAGUUCUCUUUAAGGAAGAAGAUAGAUAUAUACUUUCACAGUACCAGGAAAACAUGCAUGGCCAACGCAAAAGGUCCUUCUGAGAACAAAUGGCACGAAAUAAGCUUGAACAUUCAAAAUUGAAUACAGAGGAAGUAAGCGAUAUUUAAAGUUAUUUUAAAUUUUUAGUUUAGAGAAAAUAACCUAUCUAUUUAGAGAAAAAUAGGGACUUCAGUUGGUCCUGAUUUGGAAAUGACAAAUUUCGGUGAAAACCUCCUUAUUUCAUAAAGUUUAUUAUAACUUUAAGCAUCUGAAAAAUAACUUUUAAUGAUGUUCAUUAAUUAAAUUAUUAGUGGCCGAUCUAUUUGUGGUUGUGUCACAAAGUGCACAUGGGGAUAUGAGACGUUACUUUUCUAUAAGUUCAGUAAAAUAAUACUUAAAUGAUAACAUGUAUAAAAUCAUGAGUAAAAUAUUUUUAAAAAUU